UUUUUUUUUUUAGGGUGGGGUAGAUUUUGGUGAGCUAGUUUUCUUCACCAGACAGGCACGAAACAGCACAACACGAGGCUGGGUGGAAGAGCUCGUCUUUGUCUGUUACAAUUUGCUCCUGAACUGCUACUUUCACCACCAUGUUUUCGGUCAAACAAUUCAUAGGAGGCCUUCUGGAUGUUGUGAGCAAUAUUGAUCCUUCCCAGUUUACUCCUUCUGCUCCACCUCCUCCCCGAAGACCCAUAACAUCUGUUCAGGCUUCUGUGAAUGAGAGCGAUGAAGACAGGCAGUUCCGCAAAGUUUUUCAGCAGCUUGCUGGAGAUGACAUGGAAGUAAGCCCUAAUGAGCUGAUGUCUAUUCUGAACAAGAUUCUGACCAAACAUGCUGACCUAAAGACUGAUGGUUUCUCUAUUGAGUCUUGCAGGAGCAUGGUAGCAGUAAUGGAUAGUGACAGCUCUGGAAAGUUGGGCUUUACUGAAUUCAAAUACCUGUGGAACAAUAUCAAGAGAUGGCAGGCCGUCUAUAAGAAUUUUGAUGCCGAUCGCUCUGGGACGAUUGGGGCCAGUGAGCUGCCCAAUGCUUUCAGAGCAGCAGGUUUUCCUCUAAGUGAUCGGCUCUUCCAGAUGAUUAUUCGCAGAUACAGUGAUGACAACGGCGACAUGGACUUUGACAACUAUAUUGGGUGCCUGGUUCGACUGGAUGCAAUGUGCCGUGCUUUUAAGACACUUGACAAGAGCAGUACUGGUUCUGUCAAAGUCAACUUGAAGGAGUGGCUGCAGUUGACGAUGUACUCUUAAAGCAAAAAGAAUCUCCAUUGUUUCACUUCAGCUUUCAGUGCUUCACUACAAUUACUUGGAUCCAGUUAUUAUUUUUUGGAUAAUUGCUUUGUUAUGCAGUCUCCUUUCUGCAGCUUGUAUUAAACCAAUAAAACUAUAUUCCUUAAAAA